GUCCCAAGUAGCCAGUAUAUAUCUAUGGUCUAUGUCAGUACACAAUAUAGAGAAACAGUUGGUAGUUCCUGAGAUAUAUUUUUUUCUGACAGUACAGUAAAGGUCUUUGGUUGCCGGCUGUAUGUGAUGUGUUGUAGGCAUGUGAAAUCUUUCCCGGAGAAUUAUUAUAUUUUUGAGUCUCUAGAGUUUGUAAUUCGAAGAAGUUAAAAAUGGAGAAUGAUAUUUUAGACUCUUUAGAAGAUCUAGGGUACACCGGUCCACUGCUUGACGAUUCCUGCUUGGAAAAAGCUUUGGACGGUGGCCCAAAAUCCGUCGAGUACACGGCCCUUGUGGAAUGGAUAUCAAAAGAACUCCAGACACUUUACCAUUUGGAAGAACAUGUUAACGCUAUCACAACGGCAGAGGAUUCUAGUUCGUUCAUGCUAGAACUCAGUAGUUUCUUGAAGGAGUUGGGAUGCGCAUAUAGCCAACUUACUGGGGGACAUAUGAGUGAAAGACUGGGAUCGAGGAAGAAUCGGAUGUUACUUCUGGACUUUCUUCUGACUGAGCUACAGGCAGCACGGAUGAUCCAAGUCAAUAAACCAGAUGACUCUAAAACGAUGCAAGUUGAGUUGAGUGAAAGUUCCACUGCAAGUGACCUGAAAAACAUGCUGAUAGCAUUAAAAUUUCCAAAACCUCCAGCAAAUAUUACUCCAGCCCUUUUAUUUGGAAAAGUUGAAACAAAGAUGAAGGAGGUAUUGGCGAAAGCAUCUCCUGAAUUAAUUGGGAAGCCGUUAUUCACAGGUGUUCUAUCGGACAAACAGUGGCACAUCCUAGCUAACUUACAGUCUGAAAUGCAAGACGAGUAUCGUGUACGGAAAGAACUCCUAAUAAAGAGAUUAGAUGUGACUAUACAGUCAUUUCAGUGGUCAGAGCGGAUGCGUGGUAGAGAGGACGAGAUUGCAUCUAUUUUUCUAGUUCGUCGGAAAGCUUUAGACUCUGAGCCAAAUGUCCAUCUUGCUGAUCUUUUAGCAGCUCGAGAAGACCUGGCAGUCAUCGAAAAGACAAGCAGUGCUUCAGUCCGCAAGAACACUCAGUCUUCUAUCAAUAAAGUCAUCAUAGGCAGGGUUCCAGAUAGAGGAGGCCGCCCAAGCGAACAGCAGCCACCCCCACCAGAGAUGCCUAGUUGGCAGCAAUCAAAACCAGGUGGCGGAGGCCGAGGUGGUUUUGGGGGUGGAGGUGGCGGUGGGAGGGGAGGAGGUGGUGGCGGUGACAGAGGUGGUAGAGUACAAGGUGGAUGGAACACAGGCAAUGCAGGUGGUGGCCGUGGUGGUGGUGGCGGCGGAGGCGGUGGCUACCAAGGUGGUGGCGGCGGAGGUGGUGGCUACCAAGGCGGCGGUGGUUACCAAGGUGGUGGUUACCAAGGUGGUGGUGGUUAUCAGGGAGGGGGUGGAUACCAGGGGGGCGGAGGUGGUUAUCAGGGAGGAGCAAGUAAUUAA